AUUAAACGGAAUUAAGAUGAUAGACUAUGUGGAUUUGUAAUGUUUCGUAAGAAUGCUCUAAUAAGGAGGAGACUAUCCUGCAGAAUGAGGCUGCUUCACCGUUUGUAAUCAAUCCAGCUCCACGGAGUUCGCGAUAAUCAUGAGCGUGGUGUCUUUCUUGUCAUGAUUUAAGCAAAGAAAAUGAGAUGCAAUAUCUCAAAUGAGGUUACGGAGUCAACUCACAGUCCGGUCCACGGGGAAGUCAUCUGCAAAUCCUCUCGCAUCUUGCGGCCAGCUACAUAUGUUUAUUCGCCAUGCUUCUCGAAUCUCUACUGUGGUCUAUGGCCACAGCGAUUAGUUUUCAUCAAUUUGAUCGAUCUAUAUUGAACUUCGACUUCCCCCCAAAUCCAAAAGUUGAAAGGUUUAAGGUCCACGUCCAUGAAUCAUUUCUUUAUGAUACCUUACAGAAAGUGAGAUCCUAUCGACCUACACAUGGCCUGUCUUCGGCUUGGGACAUUGAAGGGCCACCCGCUAGAAACCUGACCAGCGUUGCGAAGUACUGGGCUCAACAAUACGAUUGGACGAAUGUUGAGAAGAAGCUCAACGACGACUUCGAUCACUAUGCAACGACUGUCCCGGGAGGCGAGAAUUACCCAUAUCCUGUACCGCUGCACUUUAUCCAUCACGUCUCCGCCAACGCCAACGCCACACCACUGCUCCUCCUUCACGGAUGGCCAUCAACAAAUCUGGAGUGGUCAAAAGUCAUCAAGCCUCUGUCAGAGAAUUUCGAACAGCCAUUCCACAUCGUCGCACCGGAUCUACCUGGCUUUGGAUUCAGUCCAGAGCCAGAACACCCCGGGCUAGGAUUGCGCGAAAUGGGAUGGGCCUUUGACGCAUUGAUGCACCAGCUCGGUUACCAAAGGUAUGGAAUAGUCACUACGGACCUCGGAUGGGUCACCGGAAUGUGGAUGACCAUCGACAUCCGUAAUAGUAUCCUUGGCCACAUGUGUGACUUCUUUAUCGCCGAGCCAAGCACUGGAGACCGGGCUCGACUGGCGCAGAAUCAGACCACCGACGAGGAAACUGUUUACAUUAAAUCUGUCGAUACAUGGUUCAGCUCACAUUGGGCGUAUGGCGUAGUUCAUAGCCAGAAGCCUUUGACGAUAUCCCAAGCUCUGGCUGAUAGUCCGGUUGGUCUGCUUGGCUGGUUCUGGGAUGUCAACUACGCCACUUCCAACGGCUACCCUUACACCGAGGAAGAGCUCAUCACGGAUGCGAUGAUGAUGUAUAUACCGGGACCAUACGCAGGUAUUCGAGCUUACCUGGGUUUCCAGUCGCAAUUUCCCUAUACAGACGUGCCCACAGGAGUUUCUCAAUGGAGUAUGGGUGAUGGCCCAUUCCCUGAUGUUGGAAACUUUGGGUUCGCGCCAAGAGAUUGGAUCGAAAGAUCCGUUAACUUGGUGUAUUUCCAGAGACAUCAAGUUGGCGGGCAUUUCCCAGCUGUCAGUCAACCCGAUCUGUGGCUGGAUGACGUGCGGACUUUCUUUUCCGCCCUAAGCAAGUCGUCUUCUGUGGAAAGAGAUGAGCUGUAAACUGUUGUUAGAGAGGCCGAAUAAACAACACGACGAUGAGACUCGUUGAAUGGCUGUGUGUAAAAUACAAUGCACAUAUUGAAUGCGGUCCAAACGGUCUCUAAUGAAACAUGAGCCUGGCGAAUCUUCAAAGUUCUUGUUUUUAUCGCAUAGUCUAGACCGAAGUCUUUGGCAUCAUACCC